ACAGUAUACAGGACUCACUGGCGUGGCAGGUUGUCUCUCAGACAGUACGUGCGCUAAGAUUUUGCUUGGCAUUACUCAAAAGCAAAAGGAAGAAAUAAGAACAAGGAAAAAAGAUUGUGCUGAUUUUAAAAUGAUGCAAAAACUGCAAAUGUAUGUUUAUAUUUACCUGUUUAUGCUGAUUGCUGCUGGCCCAGUGGAUCUAAAUGACGGCAGUGAACGAGAAGAAACUGUAGAGAAAGAGGGGCUGUGUAAUGCCUGUGUGUGGAGACAAAACACGAGGUACUCCAGAAUAGAAGCCAUAAAAAUCCAAAUCCUCAGUAAACUCCGCCUGGAAACAGCUCCUAACAUCAGCAAAGAUGCUAUAAGACAACUUCUGCCCAGAGCGCCGCCACUCCGGGAACUGAUCGAUCAGUACGACGUCCAGAGGGAUGACAGCAGCGACGGCUCCUUGGAAGAUGACGAUUAUCACGCUACCACGGAAACAAUCAUUACCAUGCCUACCGAGUCUGACUUUUUAAUGCAAGUGGAUGGAAAACCCAAAUGCUGCUUUUUUAAAUUUAGCUCCAAAAUACAGUACAACAAAGUAGUGAAAGCCCAACUGUGGAUACAUCUAAGACCCGUCAAGACUCCCACGACAGUGUUCGUGCAAAUUCUGAGACUCAUCAAGCCCAUGAAAGACGGUACAAGGUAUACCGGAAUCCGAUCUCUGAAACUUGACAUGAGCCCAGGCACUGGAAUUUGGCAGAGUAUUGACGUGAAGACAGUGUUGCAAAACUGGCUCAAACAGCCUGAAUCCAACUUAGGCAUUGAAAUCAAAGCGUUGGAUGGGAAUGGGCUUGAUCUUGCUGUAACCUUCCCAGGACCAGGAGAAGACGGACUGAAUCCUUUUCUAGAGGUCAAAGUAACAGACACACCCAAAAGGUCCCGAAGAGACUUUGGUCUUGACUGUGAUGAGCACUCCACAGAGUCCCGGUGCUGCCGCUACCCCCUCACGGUGGAUUUUGAAGCAUUUGGAUGGGACUGGAUUAUUGCUCCCAAAAGAUAUAAGGCCAAUUACUGCUCUGGAGAGUGUGAAUUUGUGUUUUUACAAAAAUACCCUCAUACUCAUCUCGUGCAUCAAGCAAACCCCAGGGGCUCAGCAGGCCCUUGUUGCACCCCUACAAAGAUGUCUCCCAUCAAUAUGCUGUAUUUUAAUGGCAAAGAACAAAUAAUAUAUGGGAAAAUUCCAGCCAUGGUAGUAGACCGGUGUGGGUGCUCAUGAGCUCUGCAUUAGGUUCAAAACUUCCUAAAUCAUGGAAGGUCUUCCCCUCAAUUCUGAAACUGUGAAUUAUGUACCACAGGCUGUAGGCCUUGAGUGUGCUAUAGUGACUUAAGCACAAGCUACAGUGUAUAAACCGAGAGAGAAUAUACACAGUGGUUGGCAUUUAACCAUCAAAAUAAACCAUAUAAUACGAUGUUUUAUGAUUUCCAGAGAUUUUGAACUAGGAGGAGAUCAAAUUACAUUUGUGUUCAUAUAUAUAUAUAUACAUAUAUAUCACAACUACACUCUAGACAAGGGAACGAAAGCACUUCUCCUUGUGGGCUGUUGAAUUAAAGGGGCUUAAUUAAAGGUAAAGUGUCACUUCUUAACAGUUUCACUUAAUAUUUACAUAACAAUCUAUAAGUAGCAUUUGUAAAGUGCAGGAUUGUUAUAAUUUAAAAACAUUCAUGUACACGUCUAUUUGUAUUGUAUACUUGGUAAGAUAAAAUUCCACAAAACAGGAAUGGUACCUCACACAUGUGUUUCCAUUGCUAUUAUAAUUGGGCAAUCCAUGGCAACGGUGCUAAUGGCUGAAUGGCAACUUACUGGGCUCCUCAAGCAAAUCACGCUCUGUAAAAUAAGAUUCUCUCCCUUCCAGGUGCAUCUCCACACAGCACCAAGUGCAGAAUGCAUUUCCUUUAAGGAAAAAAGAAUCUUUUUUCUUAAAGAGGUCAAUUUUCAAUUCUCCAGCACAGUG